AAUGUGGUAUCAAUCAUGACUACACUCUCCAUUCCUAAUCCUCUGUUUUUGGUUUCCAGACACCCAAGUUAACAAAUGCGUUGACAUAAUGAUUUUUUUUCUUCAUCUGAUGAUUUCAUACUUUACAUGUUCUCUCUCUGGAUUGUUACAAACAUUAUCAUUUUGAUAUUAUUUUGAAUGAAUAGAAAAACCAAAGGUGGGAAGUUUACAAUCUUUGUCAACUUUAUGAUUGUGUUACUAAAGAUUCCGCUAACAAUAUUUGUUUACAUAAUAGUUUUUUUCUCUGAAUUCGUAUAAGAUCAGUAAACAAAUGCUUUUCUUCUUAAUCGCAGGACUAAGUCUCUGUUCUGCUACAUUUGACUAAUUAAACAAAUGUGUCAACUUGAUGGUUUUGAAUUGGUGAAGAUAUCUACCAAUCAUUGAUAGAAACAAUAAUAUUUCAUGCACAUUCUUCCUCUGAAUUAGUGCACCAUAUCUUUAUUUAGUAAUUAUUUUGAAUAUAUUCAACAAGCAAAACUCCUUUUCUUUCUACUAUAAAGUCUCUAUCACCUCUGCCUUGUAUCCUCUCAUAUAGAACACACACACAAGUAAAAUGGCAAGAAUCAUAAUUACACUCUCAACUCCUCUGAUUUUCUUCUUCAUCCUCUCUCUGCUCUCUCACCAAACCGUGUCACAACCCGAACACAUGGUUACUUUCUGCAACCCUUCCGACAACUUCACACAAACCAGUUCAUACCAAGCAAACCGAGACCUUUUACUCUCCUCUCUCCGCGACAGCUCCUCACUAGGAACCUAUUCUAACGCCACAGUCGGUCGCAGUCCCAACAAAGUCCAUGGCAUGUUCCUCUGUAGAGGAGACACCACCGCAGCGUCAUGCACAGACUGCGUCCAAACCGCUACAGUCGAGAUCGCUACAAACUGUAGUCUUAACAAAGCAGCGGUCAUAUACUACGAAGAGUGCAUGGUUCGAUACUCAAAUGUUUCCUUCUUCUCUGCUCUUGAGGUCAGACCAAGCAUCGUUCUUUACUCUCUUCGCUCUGCGCCAAACUCGGAUACGUUCAAUGAAACACUAGCUGAUAAAUUCAACCAACUGAUUCUCAACGUAUCUUCGUCCUCUUUGGUUCCUUAUUUCGUGGAAGAUCAAGAACGUGUGACGCAAGCAGAGGGCUCUUAUGAGUUUGAGUCAUUGGUUCAGUGUAGCCCUGGUCUUGAUCGGUUUAACUGUACCGUUUGUCUCAGAUUUGCGCUGUUAAGAGUUUCAACUUGCUGCGGUUCGCCAAGCUCGGCUCUGAUCUUUACUCCUAAAUGUCUUUUGAGGUAUCAAACCUCUGCUUUGUCAUCACCGCCACCGUUGUCUCCAUCGCCUCCGCCGCCUCCACCGUCACCGCCUCUAUUUUUACCGCCUCCUACUUUAUCGCAACCGCCACCACCGCCGCUGGUUUUCACGCGGCCACAGGACGUUCCAAGUCUUAGCGGGUCGUUUUCUAACGUUAUUAAAGGAAAAGAAAUAUUUGGGAGAAUUGUUAUUCCGAUGGCAGCUUUGGUGUUUGCGCUUGUCAAUUUGUGAACACAUUUGAUGAUUUUGGAUUGAAAUAAUUUGUAUUUGCUUUUAUAUUUGUCAUGUGUUGGUGUGCUCUUAAGAUCCAAAGAAAAGAAAACCAUGUUG